AGGUUUUUUGCUGAUUGUUAUUGGGACCAUCAGCUCUUCCUUCAGUAUGAUAGUCACCAUAAAGAAAGUGCAAAGCCCCAGGAGCUAUGGGCAGAAAAACCUUUGGGAACUGAGAGCUGGGACACAGAGAUCUGGGAGUUGAUAGAGCACAGCAAUAAUCUAAAAGCAACACUGGCAGAAAUCAAUGCCCAGCAGGAGCAGAAAGGAGGAGUCCCUGAAACAGCCUCUCCUCAACUUCAAUAUGUGGAAAGGGGAGCGACUUUGGUCACAUGCCUGACUAACUUUGCCCUUUCUUCUCUAGUGUCCCCAGCAGUAAAUGUGACCUGUGGUGAGGCGCUGGAGGACACCAUCAACAUGACAUAUUGGGCUUUUGGCUUCUAUCCCCAGAAUAUCUCUGUGACCUGGCUUCAGGAUGGGGAACCACGGAGCCAGGACACCCAGCAGUCUUGGGGUGUUUUUCCCUAUGUGAAUGGGACCUACCAGACCUGGGUGUCCAUUAGGAUUCCCCAAGGACAAGAGCAGAGGUUCUGCUGCUAUGUGGGAUACAGAGUGUUAUGCUCGAAUUCGGGACCCCCAAAGACCACCAGA